CAAACAACAUAGUGGUCGUCAUAUUCGAUAUAAGUUUUUUCUAUUAAGAAAACUGCAACAAAUAUGAAUUUUUUAUCUAAAAAAAAUUCGUUGUAACGUAAUACUAUUUUACAAAGAAGAAGAAAAUAGAUCCAUUUUUUAUCAAAAUAAUUCUAUGGUUUUCCAUCCUGCCAAUCGCGAAUUAUAUUUUAGAAAUCUGUCAGUUUUCAAUAGCAAAUUUCCAUUAGUAACUUAUUAGUAUUGUCUCUUUACAUCUAUUGAAAAUUAUUCGUUCAUAUUGUGGGUUGUAAUUGUCAGUGUUAUAUCAGUUUUUCUUAUGUUAUCAGGAUUGUUUUAGUUCCUUCAUUUGAUUAACCCCGAAAACAGGGCGAUGGCUAAUAAAAAUUAUAAUCUAAGUGGUAAUGGAAAUACUCAAACUAUGAAGCAAAUAGACUUAGAUCAAAUUUGGGGUGAUCUGAACAAUGGUAUAGAGCAAGUCUACAACCGUCAGACUAUGGCUAAAAGUCGAUAUAUGCAGUUGUACACACAUGUAUACAACUAUUGCACUUCUGUUCAUCAACAAGUAAAUACCAGAAGUAGCACACCAACUGCAACUAGUAAAUCUAAAAAAACUCAAGUUGGAGGGGGUGCCCAAUUAGUUGGUUUAGAACUCUAUAAAAAGCUCAGAGAAUUUUUGAGUAAUUAUCUGAGAACAUUGCUGAACGAUGCUUUAAAUAGGAUGGAUGAAGAUGUCUUAAAAUUUUACACGUGUCAAUGGGAAGAAUAUCAAUUUAGUAGUAAAGUGUUAAACGGUGUUUGUGCCUACUUGAAUCGCCAUUGGGUAAAACGAGAAUGCGAAGAAGGAAGAAAAGGAAUUCACGAGAUUUACCAAUUAGCUUUAGUUACUUGGAGAGAUCAUUUAUUCAAGCAGUUGAACAAACAGGUUACUAACGCCGUACUCAAGUUGAUAGAAAGAGAGAGAAAUGGAGAAACAAUUAAUACACGUCUGGUUUCGGGCGUUAUAAAUUGUUAUGUUGAACUUGGUUUGAAUGAAGAAGACAACAACUCAAAGACUUCUAACCUAUCUGUGUACAAGGAACAUUUUGAGAACAUAUUUUUGGAAGAUACAGAAAGAUUUUACACAAGGGAAAGUACCAAUUUUCUCGCUCAAAAUCCAGUAACUGAAUAUAUGAAAAAGGCUGGAGAAAGAUUGCAAGAGGAGAAAAAGCGAGUUCAAUUUUACCUUCAUGAGACAACUAGUGAACAAUUGGCUAAGACUUGCGAGAGGGUAUUGAUACAGAAGCACCUGGAACUGUUUCAUCAAGAGUUCCAGCAGUUGCUGAACGCAGAAAAAGAUGAAGAUUUAGGACGAAUGUAUAAUUUAGUUGCCCGAAUUCCGGAUGGACUUGGAGAACUGAAAUCUCUGCUGGAAGUUCAUAUUGCGAAUCAAGGGCUCGAAGCUAUUGAGAGAUGUGGAGAUGCAGCUAAUAAUGAUCCGAAAAUCUAUGUGAACACUAUCUUGGCGGUACACAAAAAGUAUAACGCUUUAGUUCUUGUAGCUUUCAACAACGAUAGUGGAUUUGUCGCCGCCCUAGACAAAGCCUGUGGACGUUUCAUCAACGCGAACGCCGUAACCAAGGUUGCCAAUUCCAGCAGCAAGUCACCAGAGUUAUUGGCCAAAUAUUGUGACGUGCUGUUGAAAAAGAGCAGCAAGAACCCGGAAGAGGCGGAACUGGAGGACACGUUGAAUCAAGUGAUGGUUGUGUUCAAAUACAUAGAGGACAAGGACGUGUUCCAGAAGUUCUACAGCAAGAUGCUGGCCAAGAGAUUGGUCCAGCACAUGUCGGCAAGUGACGAUGCUGAAGCGUCUAUGAUUUCAAAGUUGAAGCAGGCGUGCGGAUUUGAGUACACGUCUAAAUUGCAGAGGAUGUUCCAGGAUAUUGGCGUCUCCAAGGACUUGAACGAACAAUUUCGCAACCAUUUGGCCGAUUCAAACGAAGCUCUGGACAUCGAUUUCAGUAUCCAAGUUUUGUCAUCUGGUUCGUGGCCGUUCCAACAAAGUUUCACUUUUGGAUUGCCUUCAGAGCUGGAAAGGAGUGUACACCGUUUCACCAACUUUUAUUCUGGUAGACACUCAGGCAGGAAGUUGAAUUGGCUGUACAACAUGUCCAAGGGAGAACUACUUACGAAUUGUUUCAGGAAUAGAUACACUUUGCAAGCUAGCACCUUCCAGAUGGCUGUGCUGUUACAAUUCAACGUUUCGGACAGUUGGACUAUUGCUCUGUUGAAAGAAAACACCCAGAUUAGGGACGAUUACCUGAUUCAGGUCAUUCAGAUUUUACUGAAAGCAAAAUUGAUCACUUGCGAAGAUGAUGAAUCUGAGCUAUCACCUGCGUCGGUUGUUCAUCUCUAUCUGGGUUACAAGAACAAAAAGCUGAGGGUCAAUAUAAACGUACCGAUGAAGACUGAGUUGAAGCUGGAGCAGGAAACGACACACAAACACAUCGAGGAAGAUAGAAAACUGUUAAUACAAGCAGCCAUUGUCAGAAUCAUGAAGAUGAGGAAAGUUUUGAAGCAUCAACAACUGGUGGCUGAAGUCUUGAAUCAAUUGUCUACCCGAUUCAAACCAAGAGUUCACAUUAUCAAAAAAUGUAUUGACAUUCUAAUAGAAAAAGAAUAUUUAGAGCGUACAGAUGGCCAAAAAGAUACAUAUAGUUACCUAGCCUGAUCUGGGAUCUGAAUGUGUGCAGUGCCUAACUAUUGACCUGAAUGGCUGAAUGUAUAUUGUAAAUAUUAAUUAUUUCAUUUGUAAUUACUCUGGAGAAAGUAUCUUAUUAAAAUACGAAUGCAUCUUCAGUUAAAUUUAUUUAGCAAAAAAAAAAAAUUUUAAAUGAAGAUUUUCUGUGAAGAUAUACUUUUUCUGAUUAUCAUUGUAGAUCUUUUUUUUAUUAUCGAUUUUGUUGUAUGCAAUUUUUUUUAUCAAUGAAAUCUAAUUUAAGUAAAAGCUUUUCAUUUGCAUAUCACCCGAAAGAGGUCUGCCAGUUGGGAGAAAUGGUGGAAAAAAAUGCUAUUGUAAAAACCAUGAAAUUUCCAUGUGACUUAUUUCAAAUCUGAAUGUACUUCGAUGGAAAAUUAUUUUGGAAUAAUGUGUACUUAAUUAUCGGAAUAAAUGUACUAUGUCUGUUCAUAAAAAUCAUCAGAUUGAUGGUGGGAGGAUUGAUAUGAUUUUUUUUUUCGAAAUUUUUUAAAAAAGUUUGGUACAAACAUGAUGGAAACUAUACGACUGAAUUUGGUAAAGGAAACUUGAACUUGUGAUGAUUUUUUUAAACUCAUUGUAACAGUAUUGAUCUUUCAAACCUCAAUAAAUUUGUAAGGUUUUUAUGAUCUGGAAAAUUUUCAAAUAUAAUGUGUGUAUAUAAGUAAAGUGCGUAUUACAAUUA